AUGGUGAUUUUCAAAAUUAGAAAGUCAACCACGUCCAACACUUCACUAAUUUCAUCUUACGAAAAUCGGGAGGAGCUCGAGAAGAUUCAUGUGGACACGACAGCACAGGAAGUUUUGCAGGCCCUUGCUAAAGACAAUAGAACAACCAACGAGGCCCGUACGUUCUGGGCCCUGAUUGCUCGGGCCAUAGCGGCCUCAACGGGCUCACCAUCUUGUUGGGCCGUGCAGACCUCGAGGCCCACCACGACUGGGAUUAUCCAGGGCAGCGUUCUGAGGGUCUGCUGCUGCCUCUCGGGCAAAAUUGAGGUCUUCGCCCAGCAUAAGCUUCAUUUCAGCCUUAAUCAUCCAGUAAUCAAACAGCCGUAUGCAUGUCCGGGCAUGAAGAGCAAGAUACUCUUCCCAGGCAUCUCCCGAUUCGAAAAUUCAUUACCCUAA